AAAUUGCCAAGUGCUAUUGGGCAACACCUGUCUUUGAAGAUCAAACUAGUAGCAGCCAACUAGAAGACUAUAUAGAAGACUCAAGAACUAAGUAUUUGGAUAAAAUUUCAAUUUGUUUAGAAAAUCUAAUAGUUUUAAUUGAAGAAUCUAUAAAAGAAGAAGAAGACUAUUUGCUAAACCAACCAUGGUAA